AGUGCAGCAAGUUAAACAGGUUUAUUUAGCAUUUGUAGUCCCUGGAUGUGAUUAAGUCACUUUAAGAAUGUUAGAAUAAAUAUUAUAAAGUUAAUGAGCUUCUUUAGACAAAAAUCUAAUUUAAAUCCAGUCUGUUGCUGCAGUUUUAUGACAAGAACUCAUUUUGUAUUUGCUGCCGUUUGUUUAUAAUAGGCGCAUUUGUUUUUCAGGCAUUUCUGUAGUCACUUUAUCUGUCCCGAGAAGGAACCCACACUUUUUCUUUUCAAAGUUUCCUCAUAUCUUCGGCGGCAAAAUCUCAGUCUUUACUUCAUCUAUAGCAACAAAAACUCGAGCUGAGAAAAACUGGAAGUCCAAACUGAAAUUUGUGCGGUGAAAUAAACGUAUUUUUUGCUCAUGUUUGUGAUUACCCACGGGGUUCCCUGAAGGACCCCUGUGACUGGUCGUAAGGAGAGCUGUGAUUGUAUCCUGGCCAUUCAUUCCUCGGAGGGGAGGAGUUAACACGGAGCCGGAGAAGGGGGUCAUAACAAAAUGUGUGUCCCUGACUAAAGCAACAUUAUUUCCGCCCAGGUCCCGUGCUGUCUCUGAAUAUCUCCACGAGCAACAUUUAAAUGGACUGUAAAACGAGUCUGAGCUGACUGUUGUUGUGACUGACAGCCGCUCCGUCUGCUUCCCCCCCUCCCUCCCCUCCCACCGCCCGUUGCUCCUCACGGUCUGAACCCGAAAGCAGAGGAUGGAUGGAAACUUUUCACCGGCUUCUAUCUCAGCAGUGGUUCUCCUUUUAACCGUCGCGUUGUCAUCUUCAGCCGCUUUUCUGGAGCCUUACGACCUCUUAUACGACAACGCGGUGCAGGCGUUUUACAGCAGCGACUAUGAAAAUGUGGUGCGCUACAUGGAGGGAGCGCUCAGCAGCUGCAGAGAGGUCCGGCGCACCAAAGUCCGGUGCCGGCUGAGGUGCCAGGACCAGCAUCCGUUUGAUGACACCUUCUCGGACCUGCGCUUCUUCGACGUGGUUCUCCGGAGAGCGGGGUGCAUGAACAAAUGCAUCGAGGAGAAACUCGGCACGCAGUCCGUGCACAAAGUCAGCGAAGAUGUGGUGCAGGACUUCAACAGGAGGAUCCCCUACAACUAUCUUCAACUGGCUUAUAAGAAGUUGAAGCAGCCUGACAAAGCAGCAGCUGCAGCUCACACCUACUUCCAGGCCAAUCCAGAACAUGUGGAGAUGGGUGAGAACCUGGAGCAGUACAAAGACCUGGAGGGCGUCAAUGAGGACCACUUUGUAGACCGAGAAGCCCGGCCUCACCAGCAUUCGUUCACAGCAGCAGUGUUGUUGUAUGUCAAGGGCGACUACGAAGGUGCCAUCAUUCUUUUUGAGGAGGCUCUGGCAGAGUACUAUGAAGCAGACGUGGAGUGUCGGGCCCUGUGCCAAGGGCCGCAGAGGUUUGAGGGCCAUGAUCACCUCCGCUACCGUUACAGCCUCCAUGAACUCGUAUCAGAUCACUUCACUCAGGUGCUGCACUGUGAACAUGAGUGUGUCAGAGAUCUCGCCACCCGUCCAGGCCGUCUCUCACCCAUGGAGAAUUACCUGCCUCUGCACUAUGACUACCUUCAGUUUGCCUACUUCCAGAUGGACAGGCUGGAGGAGGCAUUACAGUGCGCUCUGACCUACCUUUUAUUCCAUGAGGGAGAUGAGUUCAUGACGGAAAAUGUGGAUUACUACAGAGAUGUGCUGGGACACGACGGUGAACCAAGAGAGAAAGCUGCAUGGUACCUGAGGAGGCAUAAACAGGAACUGGAGCUGCUUCUGAUUGGAAGCAAAACCAUGGGUGUGGAAUUUACCGAAGGGAAUUAUUGGAGCAGCACAGGUGGAAGAGACGACUCAAACAGGAUUCCCUCUGGCACAGACGGCUGGAUGGAGUACGUUCCCAUCUCAGAGAAGAGCAGCGUCGCUGUUGCUGCUCCACAGCAACUCAAAGAAGGUGGGCCCUUGUUGUAUGACGGCGUGCAGCUGGUGCAGAACUCUGUGGCCUUGAACGGGACCCAGCGAGUGCUGCUGGAUCAUGUUAUAUCUGAGGAGGAGUGUGCAGAGCUCAGACACCUGGCACAUGUUGUCACCUUGGCAGGAGAUGGUUACAGAGGGAGGAUGUCUCCACACACUCCCAAUGAGAAAUUUGAAGGAGCCACUGUGCUCAAAACCCUGCAGUACGGAUAUGAGGGCAGAGUGCCGAUGAAGAGCGCUCGCCUCUUCUACGAUAUCAGUGAGCGAGCGAGACGUAUCAUUGAGUCCUACUUCCUGCUCAACUCCACCCUGCACUUCUCCUACACACACCUGGUGUGCCGGACAGCCAUCACAGGCCGACAAGACCACAGGAACGACCUGAGUCAUCCCAUCCAUGCUGACAACUGUCUACUGGACCCCCAGGCCAAUGAAUGCUGGAAGGAACCACCAGCAUACACAUACAGAGACUACAGCGCACUGUUGUAUUUAAAUGGAGAUUUCGAAGGAGGGGAGUUCAUAUUUACAGAAAUGGACGCCAAAACAGUCACGGCAUCUGUGAAGCCCAGGUGCGGCAGGAUGGUGGGUUUCUCAUCAGGAGGGGAGAAUCCACACGGCGUAAAGGCCGUCACCAGCGGGCAGAGGUGUGCUGUGGCUCUGUGGUUCACCCUGGAUCCACUCUUCAGAGAACUGGAGAGACUACAGGCAGAUGAGGUGAUCCAGGCACUAGACACACAGUCUGUGUGGGGUCAGGGCCUCAACAUCAACCCUAAAGAUGAACUGUAGAAGCAGAGAAACAACUUCACCCCACCCCAUCCUCUCCCAAAUCAAAUUCUUCUAUAUAUUUUAAUUAUUUAUUGAAUGACCUUUGGAUCAGAACAUCUCUAUUUUUGUACUGUUUGAAGGGCAAGAUCAAUAAUAUUGACAUUUUUGUUGUCAGUUUUAUGUUUUUAUUUUCAUGUUUCUUUACACACCAGUACUUGAGUUUACCUUUGGUUCUUUGUCUUUCCUUCCAAUGUCAACCUCGAGUUAAGAAAAAGUCAGAUUCACCUCGUUUUGUUUUGUACCUGGUUGAGUUUGCAGAGUGUUUUCAGGAGUUUUCAGACUGUUUUCUUUAGACUGCUUGUACCUGGAAUCUCAGUGAACUGUGAAGAAGCCAAAGAGAACAACGGCAGUCGACAUUUUUCUGCUUUGGGCUUGUUCUUACUUUAGACAACAUAUUCAGUGGGUUUUAUUCAAAAACACUAUGUACAGUUCUUUUAAAAAAUUACCUUAAUUUCAGUAGUCUGGAGCUCAAAAUAAUGUUUGAUUUAAUCUUUACAAAUAGUACUGUUACAUAUGCCUUUUUUCCGUGCCAGUAAUAAUUAUUUUCAAAGUAGGCAGUGCACUGUUUUGUUUUGUUUUUUUAUUUGGGUACCUUAAGUUUCAAAUAGCACUCAUUCAAAAAAAAAAAAAAAGAUAUGCUCUAAUAUGCUGAAUAUUUAAUGAUCAUGUACUAUGUCCUCUGUGUGUCUGAAAAUAUCUUCUGUCACUACUUUGUCCACUUCUCCUCUUCCUUCCUUUGUGGGCACACAGAGCAGAAUACUGGUUUACAUGUUCACUGACAUGAGGGUGUGUGUGAGAGUGUGUGUGUGUGUGUGUGUGUAUCUGUGUAUGUAUGUGUUUAUGUCCUACUUCUAUUUAUGUGUUUUUAAUAAGCUGCUGUUGUAACUGUCUGCAUUUAAUAUGAGAAACUUUUUUCAUAUAAGAUGUCGAUCAUUCCUGUUUCAAGGAAUACAUAUUUGUAAGGUCUUUCAUUUCUUAAUAUUUGUGUUGAUGAUACAGAUGAUAGGCCGAGUCGUGCACUGUAAAUCCAAUGGAAAGAAACAUACAAAGAGUAGCUUUGUUUCUGUAUAUAGAUUUAAACUGCUAACCAGAAACUUAAUCCUGUCAUUUUAUGAGGUUGGCCAUUUUUGUUUCACUGAUAUUUUAUUUUGAAAUGCUCUAACACAUUAAAAUGUAUGUGUACAGGCCUAUAAAUUAAAAAUAAUAUUCCAUA